AUGUCUUUUCCACUUCUCCUUCGGAGGUCAUUUUCGACAAGCAUCCGAUGCUCCUACAGGACCAAGAAUAUUCCUGAGGACAUCGUCGCGGAGGCCCUCACGACACAGCCAACAAGACGCGCUCGUUCCGAGGAUAUUCAAAACAUCAAGAACAUCAAGCUCGAAGCUGAACCCCAAAUUGCUUCGACUCCGAAAGCUGUCGGCAAGCGCAAGCCACGGAAAGCUAACAUACCACUCCCGGUCAACAGAAUCGAUCUUCCCCCGCGUUCAACAUGGAGAAACUACUUUCCCACCAGCGGCAUGGCAUUCAAAAGUCGUAUUUCCAUCGCUAACCCCGAGACGGCAGCACUAGUUGCAGAUUCAUUUGUUCCUAGUGGUUCGAGGGAUAAAGUUAUUGUAGAAGCGUAUCCCGGUCCUGGUGCGUUAACUCGCGCUUUGAUGCAGUUGCCGAAAGAACGGAUCCGAAAAAUCAUCGUGCUUGAGGACGUAGAACAGUACCUUAACUUUCUGAAACCGCUGCAGGAAGCGGACCCUAGAGUACAAGUUUUGCCAAUGAACGGUUUCUCGUGGGAUACGUAUCAUCAGCUAGACGUCCAAGGCUUCUUGGAUGACGUGGAGAAUAUCCCAUGGAAUCAGUCAAAUCCAUAUCUACACUUUAUCUCGCACCUUCCUAUGGAUGUCCUGGGCGAGCAGCUCUUAGCACAACUAUUGCGCUGCGCACCAGAACAAUCCUGGCUGUUCAAAUACGGUCGCAUUUCAAUGAGUUAUCUAAUGCACGACUGGGUACGGGAUCGUAUUUCCGCAUCUCCUGAGGAUCAGGCUCGGUGCAAGCUGAGCGUCAUCGCACAAGCCGUUUCUGAGUUUAAUCACACCAUUGACCCACAGUUGUUGGUACCAUAUAAUAGCCAUUUCUAUCCUGAUGCUACGAACCCUGCAUAUUCUCUAAGGACUGAAAACAGGCGCAGAGGUACACCAUUCAUAGCGGGUACAUUCAGACCAUUAGAGCAUCAGAUCAUUCAGCCAGGUAUGCUGGACAAAUGGGAUUACUGCCUACGGAAACUCUUUGUCCUGAAGUCGACCCCUCUCAAGGACGCUGUUGGUCAUCUAGCACCUGGAUCAGAUGCUUUGAAGUCCUACCUCGCGGGCGAUGAUGUUCCACCUGAUCAGAGGACUGACAUGAUGAAGAGCAUCAGGAAAAUGAGUGUAGAGGACUGGGCUGCUGUCGUCGGCGCCUUUGACCGGUGGCCCUUCGCACCUGAGGAACUCUUGAUCACGGACUCUUUCAGCAGAGACGACCGUAUAUAG